AUGGCAGGACGUGGUAAGGAUCAGAAUCGUGAUGUCCUAGAUCGCAUCACAGCUGUGCUGGAAACUCUAGUGCAGGAACGUGAUGUGGAACCGGCAGAGUAUCGAGGACUCAUGGCUUUCCGUAAGAACCACCCGCUGAAGUUCAGUGGGGACUAUGAUCCAGAAGGUGCUAGGUUAUGGUUAGCUAAGACUGAGAAGAUUUUCGAGGCGACGGGUUGCCUCGAGGAGCAUAAGGUCCCUUGUGCGACGUUCAUGCUCCAAGGAGAAGCUGAGAACUGGUGGAAGUUCGUGAAACCUGCAUUAGCAGCACCUGGAGGCGUGAUUCCUUGGAAUGCCUUCAAGGACAAAUUCCUAGACAACUAUUUUCUACAAGAUCUCAGGAAGCGAAAGGCGAGGGAAUUUCUGGAUUUGAAGUAG